AUGCCUGGAAGAGUCAAGAGGCGUUCACCACUCAAAGCUCCAGAUCGGCCAUAUAUCGCUCUGGGACUUGAAGGCUCUGCCAAUAAGAUCGGCGCAGGCAUCAUCAAACACGACCCGGAUGGCUCAACCCAUGUUCUGUCGAAUGUCAGGCAUACUUAUAUAACGCCUCCUGGCGAAGGUUUUCAGCCGCGCCAUACUGCCUUGCAUCAUCGCGAGUGGGCCCUCACCGUGAUCAACGAUGCCCUGAAGAAGGCUGCGGUCUCAAUGCAUCAUAUUGAUUGUAUAUGCUUUACGAAAGGUCCUGGAAUGGGUGCACCGCUCGUGUCGGUCGCACUGGUCGCCCGGACAUUAUCUCUCCUGUACGACAAGCCGUUGGUAGGAGUGAAUCACUGCGUAGGCCACAUCGAGAUGGGCCGGCAAGUCACCGGGGCUCAUAAUCCCGUUGUGCUAUACGUCUCUGGCGGGAACACCCAAGUCAUUGCCUAUUCGCAGCAAUGUUAUCGCAUCUUUGGGGAGACCCUCGAUAUUGCUGUUGGGAACUGCCUGGAUCGCUUUGCUCGAGUCAUCAACUUGAGCAACGACCCAAGCCCCGGUUACAACAUAGAGCAAGAGGCGAAGAAGGGGAAACGAUUGCUUCCACUACCUUAUGCUACCAAAGGGAUGGAUAUAAGCUUGUCGGGUAUUCUCACGUCCAUCGAGGCCUACACAACGGACAAGCGCUUCCGACCAAAUGGCCCAACCGCGGAAGACGGAGACGAUGUCAUUACGCCGCAAGAUCUGUGUUUCUCCCUCCAAGAGACCGUGUUCGCCAUGCUCGUGGAGAUUACGGAGCGUGCGAUGGCCCACAUCGGGAGCAAGGAGGUGCUUGUUGUCGGCGGUGUAGGCUGUAACGAACGGCUUCAGGAAAUGAUGGGCGUUAUGGCAAGUGAGCGCGGAGGACAUGUCUUCGCCAUGGAUGAGCGAUUCUGCAUCGACAACGGUAUCAUGAUAGCACAAGCUGGCCUCCUCAGCUUCCGGAUGGGUUUCGAGACCCCGCUCGCCAAGAGCACAUGUACACAGCGAUUCCGCACAGAUCAGGUCCAUGUGACAUGGCGAGCAUGAGUUGAAGGGCAAUGGGGCCGAUUGUAUUUCUGUCAACUGUAGUGGUACGUAAACUUGUGUAUCCAUGGUGUGCGCCGAGUUCCAGAACACGCGCC